GCCUAGCCAGGCCUUGCACUAACCGGAUCUGUACGGAAAAUAGGUUUUGUUCGGUGCGCGUGCCCGUGUGACGGUCGGUGUGAUGGCGCCUAAGAAGAAGAGGGAUAAGAGCGGCGCCAACAAGAAGAGACCCGAGGCCGCCCGCACCGUGAUCCCGGAGUCGGUAUCUGAGCAGAGCAAAGAGUCCUACCUACUGCAGAUCCGAGACCUAGAGAGCCGGCUAGAGAGGUACCAGCAGAAGUUAGAUGACGUCUGUUCUAAGGAGUCACUAAAUCACGCAGAGUAUGAGCAACUCGCCAGUGAUAAGAAAGAGAUUGUGUCAUUCCUAAAGCGCACACUAAACCAGCGCACGGAUGAGAUCGCUGACCUGAACGACCAGCUGCUGGGUCUUCAACAAGCCAAAGAGUCUGAGAAGGAUGCAUAUGAGACCCAGCUGGCGCAGAUGAGACGGGAAUUCCAGGAGACCAAGGACCAGCUGACUGCAGAGAACAUGCUCCUAGCGGGUAAACUGGCGUCACUCGAGGAAUUUCGUGUACAGAAAGAGGAGCUGAUGGCUAAAUUUGCUGCUGUUGAGGAAACACUGAGAAUACAAGAAGAGGAAAAUAAAGAGAGAAUUUACACACUGGAGAAGAAAGCUGUUCUGGAUAAAGACAGGCUGAAGAAGGAGAUGGUGCAGCGUGUCAAUGCUGUGGCAGCCGAAUUCCGCAGAGUUUCCAGCAACCAGAUGGCGGAGACCACAAAACGCACAAUCCGUGAGAAUGUGUCCAUCAGUUCGCAGCUGACAAAGAUGUCCGAUAAGACCAUGGAACUUAUUGUUGAGAAUGAUGACCUAAAAGAGAAGGUUGCUGAACAGAGAAAGCAGAUUGAGAUGCUGGAAGACACCGAACAGGAACUAGCGAAAAAAAAUCUAAGCAAUCAAAAGGUAAUACGCAUGCUCACCGAUAAAUGCCAGCAGCAGCAGAACAUACUUGACCUGUCCUUACUGUCUGAGCAGCAACUGAACCAACAGCAGGAAGAGUACCACCACCUGCAGGCAGAAGUGCUAGCUUUUCAGCAACAUGUCAGCUCUCUGGAAGAAGAAGUGCAGAGUCUCAAGCAAGAGACGGACGGUCUGAGAGGGGAGCUAAAUGAAGGAAAUAAACUAAAGGAGUCUAUAAAGUUGGUCUUGAGUCAAGCGGCUACAUCUCUGAAGGAUGUGCUAAUGGAGGCACCACAACAGGAAGAACCAGAGGAUACUUUCUGCACAAGACGUUAUGAUAUGCUGCAGAAUCUCUUGCUCCUAUUAAAUAGUGCAGCCACUCUGGAUCUGGGGCCGCCCCUCUAUGAUUUCUACACUAAGGGGACACACUUUAUAGAGCACAAGAUGGAUUCUACUGAUAACAGGCUGACGCUGUCCCCAGUACAGAAACGGAUGGGUGUGAGUUCUCACUACCGCAUGGGGGACCUGGGUCUGGUUCCAAGGCAGGACAUCUCCAGUGCAGUGCUGAGCAAGAUGAGUAUGCUCUCUAGGACCACCCGACUGGGGCCAGUGGGAGGGAACCCCAGUAUUCCAAAGGAUCUGCUUACAGUGAGCUACGAAGAAAAGUGGCUAAAACAAACUGCUUUACCAGGGAUCCCCUCAAAUCCAUCCAAUAAGCCCAUUCUCAUGGCUAAAUAAAGAUAAUACUAUUCACAACAACUAUUUCAAUAAACAAAAAUAUUCUGUGUCUAA